UCGCUCACUAUCUUGGGGCUUUUUCAGAAGGCAAGAUGUUGGGAACUAAGCUAAAAGAACUUUUGUUUGGUAGAGAUACCACCUCUAGGGUAGGGGAUAGUGUUGCUAUAAAUGUGGAUAAAAGUACAACCAAGCUCUCUGUCCCCAAUAACUCUAUCCAAUUAACAGAAGACCUAAAAGGAGCAGAAACCCAGUCCAGUGGGGGGAAUAUUGUUGCUAUAAAUCUGGAUAAAAGUACAACCAAACUCUCUGUCCCCAAUAACUCUAUCCUAUUAACAGAAGACCUAAAAGGAGCAGAAACCCAGUCCAGUGUAGGGAAUAGUGUUACUAUAAAUCUGGAUAAAAUUACAACCAAGCUCUCUGUCCCCAAUAACUGUAUCGAAUUAACAGAAGACCUCAAAGGAGCAGAAACCCAGUCCAAUGUAGGGAAUAGUGUUGUUAUAAAUCUGGAUAAAAGUAAAACCAAGCUUUCUGUCUCCAAUAGCUCCAACCAAAUAAAGAAGAUCCAAUUAACAGAAGACCUAAACGGUACAGAAAAUCAAAGUAAAAAACAGUUUGUUGUUCAGCAUGGCUCCCAUCAAACAAGGAAGAGGCAUUCUACAGGCCUGGAUGAAUCCAAGGGUGUUAAACAAUGGAAAGGAGAACAUCUUGGGGGCAAGAGGACAGGAGUGCAGUUCAGGGAAGUGAUUGAGGAACACCUUAAACCUCUACCAAGCAUUCACUGGAAAGGGAAAGAUCCGGAGGCUAAAAGGAAGGAAUGGCAUAAAUUUGGUGAAAGUAGGGGUCAUUUAUCCACUCAUUUUGUACCCCUUAAACCUCUACCAAGCAUUCAAUGGGAAGGGAAAGAUCCAGAGAAUAGCAGGAGGGACUGGAAAAUUUUUGGUGAAAAUAGGGGUCAUUUAUCCACUCAUUUUGUUCCACGACCACAAGCUUCUUAUAGUAUCCCUCUUUCUCAUAGUUUAGUUAGCUCAACAUCCCAUGGUCCAGUCAUGCUUCCUACUAUUUCUGUUCCAAACUUAUCAAGUUUUCAAGGGUUAUGCAAUCCUGUCCCACCACCACCAUCAGGACGCUUUUUUUCAUUAUUGAAUUCUCUAGGUGUUGAUAUAUCACAUAUUCAGAGCACUCCUGCUCCAAUACCACCUAGUGGACCAACUCAUGGUCAACAUGCUCAACAUCAGCCACACUCAAUGCAAAGGAUACUGAGGAGAUAGGUUCUUUCCAUCACCCUAAAAAGCCACAUCAAACUAAGACCCAAAUGCGAAAUCAAAAGCUUAAAAUUAGAAGUAAAUAAAUUGUAUCUAGAACCCUUAUCACUAGAACCAUGGUUGAAAGAACUGGAUCAGAGGCCAAUGGUGUGAUCUUUCCCUAUCCAAUCAAUUCUACCUGAUUGGUUUAUUUGUCAAGUAAGUUUGAGUAAAUAAUGAAUAAAAACAUGUAUUUGGCUUAGUGGUGCAAUUUCGAAGAU